AUGGUCUUUGGGAUUUCAGUCAUUGAAGCGACUGGCAGUCAAGCUGCACCCAUCACCGGUUCCACUCAUCCUGAAUCUUCAGAUUCAGCCAGUCCAUCACAGUGUGACCCUGUUGAGAUAUGCUCCUUCUUUAAAAAACUAUUAAUUGAAACGGGAGUGCGGAGAAUGUCCCAGGAUCAAGAGUGGCUGCAUCUAGAGCUACUAUGCAAGCAUCUGUAUGAGUCAUCAAAUGCUUCUGAGCGGGCAGAGGCGGAAAAGGCACUGAUCAGCUUUGAGAACUCUGAAGAAUCCCUACCAAAAUGUCAGCUCUUGCUGGAAAGAGGAACUUCCUCUUAUGCUCAGGUUUUGGCAGCUCACACUCUCAACAAGCUGGUAUCCCGUCCAAAUUGUCCUCUGUCCACUUCUCAAAAAGUGGAGAUGAGAAGUUAUAUCCUUCGCUACCUGGCCACAAGACCACAGCUUGCAGCAUAUGUCACUCAGGCUCUUGUUUCCCUAUAUGCUCGAAUUACAAAGCUUGGAUGGUUUGACCGUGAGAAGGAGGAAUUCAUGUUUCGAAAUGUGAUAGGUGAUGUCACCAAUUUUCUCCAAGGAUCUGUGGAUCAUUGUGUGAUGGGUGUACAGCUGCUUUCCACUCUCGUCUGUGAGAUGAAUCAAGUGAGUGAGUGUGAGGCCAAUCGGUCCAUCAGUAAGCAUAGGAAGAUUGCAGCAUCCUUCAGGGACACUCACUUGUUUGAGAUUUUUCAACUCUCCUGUGCACUUCUCCGGUCAGCAUUAGAAAAUUGCAAGAAGCUCUCCUAUAUUGAUGAUUCUCAGCAAAAUUUGAUGCAUCAGCUUUUGAAAUUAGCUCAUAAUUGUCUCACAUUUGACUUCAUUGGGACUUCCAUUGAUGAGAGUUCAGAUGAUUUGUGCACAGUCCAAAUCCCAACUAGUUGGAGGCCAGCAUUCCUCUCCUUCAGUACACUUCAGCUAUUCUUUGAUCUCUACUCUGUUCUUCCUGUAUCAAUAUCACCAAUGGCUUUGUCGUGCCUAGUCCAGCUUGCAUCUGUGAGACGAUCUCUAUUCAACAAUACAGAGAGGGCAAAGUUCCUCAACCAGCUGGUAUCUGGUGUAAAGACUUUGCUUCAGAAUCCUCGGGGGCUUUCAGAUCAUAAUAACUAUCAUGAAUUCUGUCGUCUCUUGGCGAGGCUGAAGACAAACUAUCAGCUGGGGGAACUAGUCACAGUGGAUAAUUAUCCACAGUUCAUUGAGCUGAUAGCAAACUUCACUGUCCAAAGUCUUCAGAUGUGGCAGUUUGCUCCCAACAGUGUUCACUACCUCCUUAGCUUGUGGCAACGAAUGGUGGCCUCUGUGCCUUAUGUGAAGAGCACUGAGCCCCACAUGCUUGAAGUCUACACACCAGAAGUCACCAAAGCCUAUAUCACCUCCAGGCUGGAGUCUGUGCCUGUUGUUCUUCGGGAAGGCCUAGAAGAUCCUCUUGAUGACUGGGGACUUGUGCAGCAGCAGCUAGAUCAACUCUCAACAAUUGGGAGGUGUCAAUAUACAAAAACAGUGACACUUUUGGCACAACUCUUUGACAGCACAGCACAAGAAUUUCAGCAACUCAUUUCUGACCCAUCAAAAGCUUCAUUGCAAGAAGUUCGCAUCAAAGAAGGACAGUUAACAUGGCUGGUGUAUAUCAUUGGGGCAGCUGUUGGUGGUCGAGUGUCCUUUAACACAAGUGAGGAACAUGAUUCCAUGGAUGGAGAAAUAGUUUGUAGGGUGCUUCAGCUCAUGAAUUUGACAGAUUCUCAGUUGUCACAAGGUGGAUCACAACAGCUAGAGCUUGCCAUGCUCAGUUUCAUGGAACAGUUCCGAAAGAUCUAUAUUGGUGAUCAGGUGCAGAAGACACCAAAGGUGUAUAGGAGACUGUCUGAAAACUUGGGUUUGGAGGAUGAAUCUAUGGUUCUCAGUGUCUUCAUUAGGAAGAUCAUCACAAAUCUCCGAUACUGGGGAGCAUGUGAAGCAAUCCUGACACGCACAUUAUCCCUGCUGAAUGACCUCUCAGUAGGCUACAGCAGUGUGAGGAGGUUGGUGAAGCUGGAGGAGGUGCAGUUUCUCCUCUCCCAUCACACACCCACACAUUUCCCCUUCCUCGGGGUGGGGUUGGUUGGGGGAGCAGAAAUGAAGUGUCGGAGCACCUUCUACACUGCCUUAGGGCGACUUCUCAUGGUUGAUCUCGGCGAAGAUGAGGACAAGUUUAUCUCCUUCAUGAUCCCACUUGCCACCAGCUUUGAAAGUGUGGGAAAGUUGGUCCUUGAAGGUGGAGAAGCAGCUGCAUCGAAUGAAAGUGCCAAGAAAGCCCUCAUUGGCCUGGCCAGAGAUCUAAGAGGCCUUGCAUUUGCCUUCAACAACAAAGCAGCCUUUGGCAUGUUCUUUGAUUGGAUGGGAAGCUACCCAACAUAUACACCCAUUUUGGUUCGAGCCCUUGAGAUUUGGUUCACCGAUCCUCAAGUCACAACUCCAAUCCUCAAAUUCUAUGCAGAAUUUGUUGUCAAUCGGUCACAGAGACUGAACUUUGAUGUCUCUUCCCCAAAUGGAAUCUUGCUUUUCAGGGAAGCAAGUAAAGUCAUCUGCACAUAUGGUUCACGGGUGCUCACUCUACCCGAGGUGUCGAAGGACCAGAUGUAUCCUCUAAAAUUGAAGGGGAUAUCCAUUUGUUUCUCACUUUUGAAAGCAUCUCUUAGUGGGAAUUAUGUGAACUUUGGAGUUUUUCGGCUCUAUGGGGAUGAUGCACUUGACAGCGCCUUGCAAAUGUUUGUCAAAUUGCUCCUCUCCAUCCCACAGCAUGACCUCAUGGAUUACCCAAAGCUGAGUCAGACUUACUUCAUGCUGCUGGAGUGUCUUGCUCAGGAUCACAUGGUCUUCCUGGCAAUUUUGGAUCCCCAAGUGAUACUGUAUCUCCUCUCAUCUCUGUCUGAGGGGCUAACUGCACUGGAUACGAUGGUGAGCACGGGUUGCUGUGCAACAUUGGAUCACAUAGUUACUUUUAUGUAUAAACAGAUCUCAAGUAAAGGGAAAAAGCCUGCAGGAAGUCAAGAGAUGCAGAUGGCAAGAGAAGCUGUGAUCAAGCUCUUGGAGUUACAACCAGAGCUCUUCCAAGGAAUGUUAUCCACCGUUCUCAACAUGGUUAUGUAUGAAGAUUGCAGGAACCAAUGGUCCCUCUCCCGACCCCUUCUUGGCCUCAUCCUCCUGCGUCAGCAGUACUUCCAAGAACUGCGGGAGAAGAUCAUCAGUCAGCAGCCUAUGGAGCGCAGGGCUGCCAUGUCUCAGUGCUUCGACAGUCUCAUGGAGGACAUCGAACCCAAUCUCCUCACAAAGAAUAGAGACAAAUUCACCCAGAACCUCUCAGUGUUCAGGCGGGAUAUCACAGACUCGUUGCGUGGCAAUCCGCUCGCGAACACAUCACUGACCAACAACAAUCCCAGUUUAGGGGAGAUGAUGGCCACAUAAUUUGCCGAUCUCUUUGGUCUCCACUCCCUUUUAUCACUGUGAUGAAAAUUCUCUCAUCUUAUGGCUUCUUCUUUGUUUCUCUCUGUCUCCUUCACUCAUUCAUUUGCUUCAAAUGAAUUUUUUUGUUCAGUUGUGCA